AUGUCCCUGCCAGCCCCAGAUGCCACGGACAUUGUCCUGCUGGGACAGGAGCCGUCCCAGAGUUCCCAGGAGAGCGCCGGAGGGCCGCAGGAGCCGGGGGUUGGCAGCUACCGCCGGGCACUGCAGAGGAUGGCGGGGGACCUGCUGUCCCUGCACCGCCGUGUCACCAGCCUGGAGACUGAGAACGGGCACCUGCGGCACAGCCUGGCUCAGCUCCGGGAGCCAGCACGGCUCCACCACGCCGACCUGGAUGUCCUGAGCCGGGAGGAGCUGCUGGACAGGCUCGCCACCUUGGAGAGCGAGCUGGCGGCCGGCAUGGCCGAGUCGCGGGCGCUGAGGGACCGCGUGCAGCGGCUGCAGAACGAGCUGAUCCGGAAAAACGACAGCGAGAAGGAGCUGGUGCUGCUCCAGCGGUGCCACCACCAGCAGCAGGUGACACUGAGGAAGUGCCAGGACAGGGUGGCCAAGGCCAGGGCGCUGGGACAGGUGCUGCGGCAGCAGGAGAAGGUGAUCGAGGCCAUGGAACGGCUGCUGCGGGACAAGCCAGAAAGGAGCACAGAGAGAGCCACGGGCCACCCCACAGGUGACAGUCUCGGCGGGGACGCGCUGGCGGCACUGCUGGCCGAGAACCGGCGGCUGCGGGAGGAGCUGGCCAGAUCCCCCCGGGCCGCUGCUACCUCGGCCCCGGGUGUCCUAGGGGGCACCGAGAAGCUGUGGCUGCUGGCCAGGCUGGAGGAGGCUCAAGCCCGCGGGCGGGUGCUGGAGAAGCAGCUGGAGGAUGCGGCCAGGAGGUGGGGCCGGGAGAAGCAGGAGCUGGGGAUGCGGCUGCUGGAGCGGGAGCACGGCCUUCCCCUGGCCUCGAAGCUGCCAGCGAUUCCCGUGCCCCCCCAGAGGCGACCCCCGGCCCUGCCCCCCUUGCCCUGA